AUGGUGGGCGGUACAGCUGGCGUACUGGAGGAGGACAGACAGACAGAGAAGAACAGGCAUUCAACACCAUCGAAAAGCAUUUCUAGUAUGAGCUUGAAUCACCCUUCAAAGAUUGAUCGACAUGAGCUCGCUGCUGCAAAUGCCUCGAUGUUGGUAAGGGUGGGAAGCACGAUCGGCUACCUCGCAAUCGACGGAAACAAAAAGGCAAUAGUAGUGCGCUGGCCAGCAGCCAUGGCCUACGGUAUUGAAGCAAUGGCGUCAUGCAGCGAGCAGCUGAGGAUAUUCUCAAAUACAUCCGCAUCGAAACCUCCAGAAGUGGCCGAUUCACAUCGGCACGCUUGCUUGGUAAGAAGCAAGGCCAUGUACGUGGCCACUCCGUUAUUAUCUGCCGCUGAAGCUAUUGCCGCUAGUCUCCGAGUUUCUUGA